AUGUGGACCCCGGAUGAGAUUGCAAGCCUGUGUUAUCAGCACUAUAGGAUUAGGCUGCCCAAGCAGGGGAAGCCAGAGCCCAAUCGUGAAUGGACGUUACUGGCAGCCGUGGUGAAGAUACAGCGAAUAGCUGGCCAGACCUAUGACUGCCCUGACAAACAGGUGCAAGUGACAAAGGAAGUUGUCUCAAUGGGAACAGGAACAAAAUGCAUAGGCCAGUCCAAAAUGAGGAAGAGCGGAGACAUCCUCAAUGAUAGCCAUGCUGAGGUCAUAGCCAGAAGGAGUUUCCAAAGGUACCUUCUCCAUCAACUUUACUUGGCGGCCGCCCUGAAAGAGGAUAGCAUCUUUGUGCCAGGAACUCAGAGAGGACAGUGGAAACUCAAACCAGACCUGUCGUUUGUCUUUUUCUCCAGCCAUACGCCCUGCGGGGAUGCCUCCAUCAUUCCCAUGCUUGAGUUUGAAGACCAGCCUUGCUGUCCUGUCAGUAGAGAUUGGGCCCAUAACCCAUCAGUAGGAGCCAGUGGUAACCUGGAAGCCACUGGAGAUAAAAGAAAACGUGAAGACCCGGACAGUCCUGUGGCCAAAAAAAUGAGGCUUGAGCCCAGGACUCCUGCCAGAAAAGUUGCCAACGGUGAGGCUGACCAUCAGCGUUUUGGCAAUCAGGAAAGUGGCCCAGUCCCACCAAAAGCCAGCAGCUCUGAUCUCCCCUCAGAGGAACUGGCCACUGGACCAGCCCCCAGUGGUGCCAAAGUGGUGGAUGUUCAUAGAACCGGAGCUAAGUGUGUGCCUGGGGAAGCUGGAGACUCAGGAAAGCCUGGUGCCGAGUACCACCAGGUGGGGCUGCUCCGAGUGAAGCCAGGCCGGGGAGACAGGACUUGCUCCAUGUCCUGCAGCGACAAGCUGGCACGGUGGAACGUCCUCGGAUGCCAGGGGUCACUGCUGAUGCACUUCCUAGAAGAGCCCAUCUACCUGUCAGCCGUGGUCAUCGGGAAGUGCCCGUACAGCCAGGAAGCCAUGCGGAGAGCGCUAAUUGGGAGGUGUGAGAAUAUCUCAGCUUUACCCAAAGGCUUCGGAGUUCAAGAAGUGAAAAUACAGCAGUCGGAUUUACUGUUCGAGCAGAGCCGCUGUGCGGUGCAGACCAAAAGGGCUGACGGGCCAGGCCGACUCGUUCCUUGCGGAGCAGCCAUCAGCUGGAGUGCAGUUCCUGAGCAGCCAUUGGAUGUCACCGCCAAUGGCUUUCCACAGGGCACAACGAAGAAGAGGAUGGGGAGCCUUCAGGCCAGAUCUCGAAUCAGCAAAGUAGAACUCUUCGGAUCAUUCCAGAAGCUGCUAAGCAGUAUUUCAGAGGACAAGUGGCCAGAUUCCCUCAGGGUGCAGAAGCUAGAGACGUAUCAAGAGUACAAGGAGGCUGCAGCUGCCUACCAGGAAGCCUGGAGCACACUCCGGAAGCAUGCAUUUGGAUCCUGGAUCAGAAACCCACCAGAUUAUCACCAGUUUAAAUGAGACGGGACAGUUUGCAAAGAGCUUACUGGUAGCACGGUGUUUUCCAGCCCUUCCUGCUAGACCACCUUCUUCCUUUGUGCUGGACAAGUGUUAGAUUUUCUUGUGGCUGAAUCAGGACAAAAAGUCUGCCAUCUACCGGAGCAGCAUAUCUCUUCUUUGUAAGAGGGAUGGAAUCUCAGAACAUGGAACAAUCCAUACUUGAUUGAUGUAGCUCUCUGCUAAAAUGGCAUCUCACUAAUGACCUUGGCAUCUGUCCUAACCUGUGUUUUAUUACUCCUCAAAAUUAUGGAAUAAGAAUUUGAAAUAUGGUACUUUAAAAGUGAUGCUCUGUUUUGUGUGUUCCUACAUUAAUUCAGCAAGUAUAUGUUGGGCUGAAAUGAUGUUUAAAUCUCUGCAAGUCUGCCUGGCAUACCCAGUCUCUCUUCUUUCAAAGAGCCAUCCCAUCCUGCUCAGUGGGAAACCAUGUAGCCAUGAGACUUGGUUGAAGCAAACCUUACUCCUGCCUCCAGGAAUGUGAGCUAUCAAGCCCUGGACAGUCCUGGAACUGUUGAUAGAGCUAUCAGGAAAGAUUCUCUCUCCUCUUGUAUCAGGAGCUGGGAGGGCCACAUAUUCUUGGAACCUUGCCUACCACAUAGAGACAGUCGGCUUCAGAAUGAA